CAGGGCUGCUGCGGGACAGCAGCGGUCGGUCAGUAAGCAGCUGGUGGGGAAAGAGGAGGAGAACUGCGGAAUCGUACACGUGUACGGGGGGGCGCGCGUAAAAGUGUGCGAGCGGCGGCUUCUUGGACACGAACCGUGGUGGUGCGCGCGGUUGCUGGUGUGUGAGGAAUCGUGGAGUGGUCAUCAUCACCAGCGGGCACACAGUGUGUCAGUCGGGUGGCGAGUCACCGAGGUGGUUCUUUGUACGCGUGUACAAUUUCUACACAAGAGAGGAGUUUGAUAACAGGCGAGAUAGCGCCAGUGAUUUUUCCUGUGGCCGACGAGGUUGUACGCUUCGUGGUCGUGUGUCAGUGGUGGCGGUAGCUGCCACUUUAUUCUCUCUCUCCCGUUGGCGAUCGAGAAAUCUGCUGAUUGCGCGCUGCUGGUCCAUGUGCCGUCUUUCCGAUUAAAAUGCUCAUCAAGGAAUUCCGUGUCACUCUGCCCCUCACAGUGGAAGAGUAUCAAGUAGCUCAGCUAUACUCUGUGGCAGAGGCUAGUAAAAAUAAUACAGGCGGUGGAGAAGGCAUCGAGGUGUUGAAAAAUGAACCUUUCACGGAUUAUCCUCUAUUGGGUGGAAAGUAUUCAGCAGGCCAAUAUACAUAUAAAAUUUACCACUUAGCUAGUAAGGUGCCUGCUUUCAUUCGCAUUUUGUUGCCAAAGAACUCGUUAGAAAUCCAUGAGGAGGCUUGGAAUGCUUAUCCGUACUGUAAAACAGUCAUAACUAAUCCGGGCUAUAUGAAAGACAAUUUUGUGAUUAUGAUAGAAUCCUUUCAUAUUGGCGACGUUGGGGAUCAGCAUAAUGUUCAUGAAUUGUCACCCGACAAGCUCAAGAUGAGAGAAAUAGUGCAUAUAGAUAUUGCGAACGAUCCAAUCGCCAGUGCUGAUUAUAAGGAAGACGAGGAUCCUACUAAAUUCAAGUCCCAGAAGACGGGACGGGGCCCUCUCGUAGGGAAAGACUGGAAACAUAACGUUACGCCUGUCAUGACAUGUUACAAGCUAGUCACAUGCGAAUUCAAAUGGUUUGGCCUGCAAACGCGCGUUGAAAGCUUCAUUCAGAAAGCGGAGCGGCGACUAUUCACCAAUUUCCAUAGGCAAGUAUUCUGCUGGAUAGAUCGCUGGCACGGCUUAACAAUGGAAGAUAUUCGGGCGAUAGAGGACAAUACUAAAGAAGAAUUGGACAGGCAAAGACAUCAAGGUGAAGUACGGGGUAUGCGUGCCGAAGAUUGAGGCUUUGACAGCUUCUACUACGAAUGGUUAACUCAAUUUGCUUAUACAUGUCAAGUCAAAUAUAUAUACGCAUACAAAUGUACACCUUGUUACGCUCUUAUCAUAGACGAUUCCACACGAUCGACGAUUUGUGGAGUUUAGCAUCUAGACUCAAUGUUUAUUACAAAUUACUUGCAAUUUUUAAUUUAUUUUACAUUUAUAAGCAUUUUAGAUAAAUGUAUUUACAGUCAAAUGUUACAUUAUACAUAUAUAUAUAGAUUAGCUGUUAUUAUAAAACAGAAAACGGAAAAGGAUCAGAGUCAAAAACUGAUUCUAGUCUAACGCAUAAUUGCAAAAGAAACCUAUCAGAAAUUUUGCGAAAACAAUUUAAUUAUAUAGAUGAGAAGCUGCGGAUAUUUAACAUGGGUGGUUGUUUAAAAAAAAAACAUAAACAUUGGAGUUUGUUAACGGUACUUGCCGAAAAAGUAUACAUAUAUAAAAAGAAAAAAAACAAAGGGAAUUUGUUGUUUAACAUUGCAACUUUUUCGCUCUCGUAGUUGAAUACUUUACAAAAAAAAAAAAAAAAAAAAAAAAAAAAAGAAACUUCACAUUAAUGUUUACUGUACUAACGUACAAGUGAAAAUCUAAAUGUUAACAUUGUAUUGUAAUGGUCCGUGUGUUUCAAAUCAGUAUUAUUUUCUGAAAGUGUGGCCGAUCGUGUAUUUUUAGACAAAAAAAUUUCAGAAGUAUUUUCUCAACUCUGAGAAAAUGUACAUGUAUAUAUACAUAAUAAUAAUAAUAAUCAGGAAACUUGAUCUUUGAAAACAUUCCAAAAAUCAAAAAAGUAAAAAAAAAAAAAGGAAGCUAUAUAUAUAUACAGUUGUUCAGUGGAAUUCUUCGAUCACAUGGCAGAAAAUGUUAGAACUCGAGUAUAUAAGUGUUCCGUUUCUUUCAUUCCGUUCGUUCGCUCGACGAAUGUGAAACGUGCACAUCUGUAAUAUCUGUUUUCUUGAAAAAAAAAAAAAACAAAAAAAAACCAAAAAAAAAAACAGUGAAA